UGCCGAUCAACUUUUUCACCUUUGACCUCUUCCGAGUUACCGGCGAAUGUUUCUCACGUUUUCCCCUUAAACUGCCCAAAAUGUUCCGAUGUCGAGCUGCAUUGCAGGGUUUUAGACCCUUAUCAAGGAGUUUUUCUACAUCUUUAAGUAAAGCAAGGCUAUCAAAUGGAUCCUUGUUUCAACUUCCUCGUCAUAAAGUUCUGCAAACCACCACUUCUAGAACUAUGGCUCACAUAACUACUGAAGGAGUUGGUAAGAAUGGAAUUUACUGGGCUAUUGGUGGAGUUACAUUCUUCAUUGCCUCAGCUACAUUAGUUCAAACACAAGGUUUAGUAACAUGGGGUGGCCCACCUAAGAAAGUAAAUUUCAAUCUAGCUCCUGCCAGUUCAGCUGAAUCUGAAGCCAGCCCUGCCGAGCCUGCAGCCAGUACCGAGGCUGCUCCAGCAGAAGGGGCGGCAACUACAGGUCAAGAUGAGCCAGAUUCUAGUUCAGAAUCAGCUGUGAGUACUGAAGAACCUGUUGCCGAAGAAACUCCAGUGGCUUCUGGUUCAGAGGAAUCUGAAGCUAAAGAAACACAGGUAGUACCUGGUACUGAGGAACCUGCAUCUGAAGCAGGUCCUAGUACAGAAGAGCCUGCAAUAGAAGAUACCCCAGUGGUAGCUGCUGUGGAUGCAACACCAGCUGAUGUACCAGCACCCCUACCAGAGAUCCCAGAGCAUGCUACCUACCUUCUGAUUGGUGCAGGGACAGCAUCGUUUGCUGCUCUCAGGGCGAUCAGAGCAAAUGACCCUAAAGCAAAGGUAUUAGUAAUAGGAGAUGAAGAAGCCAUGCCAUACAUGAGACCACCCCUAUCUAAAGAACUCUGGUUUAGUGAUGAUAAAGAAGGUGUUGAUAAUCUCAAGUUCAAGCAAUGGAAUGGAAAGGAAAAGAGCAUUUUCUUUGAGCCAGAUGCAUUUUACUGCAAACCAUCUGAGCUACCAACAAAGGAGAAUGGAGGAGUCGCGGUACUCAAAGGGCACAAGGUCAAGGGGCUCAAUGUUCAGAAAAAGAAAGCAACGUUGGAAGAUGGAUCAGUCAUUUCAUUUGACAAGUGCCUUAUUGCUACAGGUGGUGUUCCAAGGAAUCUUGCUUCAAUAGAAAAGGCUGGGUCAGAGGUCAUGGAGAGGACAACACUUUUCAGAAAUAUUAAUGACUUCAAAUCUUUAGAUAAAGUGACUCAGGAUGCUAAGUCUGUUGCUAUCAUUGGAGGUGGUUUCUUGGGGAGUGAGCUGGCCUGUGCUCUUGGCAAGAGAGGAAAAGAGACUGGAAUGAAAGUCAUGCAAUUUUUCCCUGAAGCUGGAAACAUGGGCAGAGUGCUUCCAGAGUACCUCAGCAAAUGGACAACAAAUAAAGUUUCAAAUGAGGGUGUUGAAGUUCAUUCAGAUAUGUUUCUAAAGAAUGUGUCUUUCAAUGGUGAUUCCAAGCAAGUUGAGCUACAGUUCAGUAACGGUGAUAAGGUAGAUGCUGACCAUGUGGUAGUAGCAGUAGGACUUGAACCCAAUGUUGGUCUUGCAGAGAGCUCAGGGUUAGAGGUUGAUGAUAAGUUUGGAGGUUACAGGGUCAAUGCUGAGUUAGAAGCUCGAAGAGAUGUGUGGGUGGCUGGUGAUGCAUCAUGUUUCUAUGACAUCAAGCUUGGUCGUCGUCGUGUAGAGCAUCAUGAUCAUGCUGUAGUUAGUGGAAGACUAGCAGGAGAGAAUAUGACUGGUGCUGCUAAACCAUACUGGCAUCAAUCAAUGUUCUGGAGUGAUUUAGGUCCAGAUGUUGGGUAUGAAGCCAUUGGCAUUGUUGAUUCUAGUUUACCAACCUUUGGUGUAUUUGCUAAGGCUACAGCAGAGGAUACACCUAAAGCAGUGGUAGAAGCUACCGGAGAAGGAAUACGAUCAGAAACAGAACAGGCUGCGGUAGAAUCUACCCCAACACCUACGGCUCCAACUACCUCAGAGGAUUAUGGGAAGGGUGUGGUAUUCUACAUGAAGGAUAAGGUGGUAGUAGGCAUGGUGCUAUGGAAUAUCUUCAACAAAAUGCCCAUUGCAAGAAAGGUGAUCAAGGAAGGAAAAGAAUAUGACGAUGUCAGCGAGCUAGCCAAGCUCUUCAACCUCCAUAAAUCAGAAGAGAGCUGAUUCCCUCCAUAUAAUUCAAAUUAGAAUUAUAGUAGAGAAAUAUAAAUUAUAAUUUUGGAGAAUUAUGUUAAAAUGAGUAUGCCAGGCCCCGGUUUCACAAAGCUUAGUGAUUGACCAUUAUGUGCAAAUGAAGCAUACAAAUCAACUGCACAAUUGAUGACUGAGCUUUGUGUUACUGGACACUUUGAGAGUAUCAUGCCAGGGAUACCAAAACCCUAUGGGAUAUAUGUGUAUUAAAUACUGCCAUUGGCAUGUAAAGAGUGAAGGCAAUUACUAAAAGGCUUGUAACUUUGCAGUGGAACGAACUUGUAAAAAUGAGAAUGCCAUAGGGCAUUUUCACAUUUUGAUAGUCAGUUGGAAUAAAAUGAACCAUGUUUGAAGCCAAUUAAUGGAACUUAAAAAGUCAUUGUGACAAUGAUUGUUGGAAAUUCAACUUUAAUACCUCAUAAAAUCAAAUUUAAAUUGUCGUGUGAAUUUAUAAACUUUCCAGUAUGCAAGGUAGAUUGUUUUAAUAGGCAAGAUACUCCCUUCUCUUAUAUCUUGUCCAAGAUUCAUAUUCAAUAACUUCUUGAGCUACUUCUCUUAGAUUUCCUUGCC